AUGUCCAUGCCCCCACCCCCACCACCUCACAAAGGUAAAUCCCCUCAAUUAUCAGCCUCCGACCCUCCCUCCGCCAAUAGCAACACCAAAUCACCCUCGCUAUCCCCUAGUAAAGCCAGAUCACCACGUACCAAGCCUUUACAAAUGACCGGUAUAACACCCCCUGCCCCACCUACCAACACCGGCAAAUCGGUCGAUCCUGAAGUAUUGGCGGAUGCAGUAUCGAAGUUGGACAUGAUACGUUCAGCGCCAGCACCGAUGUCUCAGGUGAAUUCUCCCGCGGUCACCCCAGGUGCUAGUGGUCCCUCGUCACCUAGAUUAUUUGGUAUACCCGGUGGAGCGAAUAUGCCCACAGGACUGGAGAGAAUGCCCAGUACAGAUGGGAAAUCCAGUGUGCCUGGUACACCUCAUUUUGGAGCUCAGACUGAGCUACUCAGAACUUUAGAUGAAAGUACGAGGAUCCUAAGGCAGAGUUCAAAAGCACCCUCCCGAGCUCCGUCAGUCUCCGGUAUCGGUACAGUCGUCGAAAAACCUGAUUACUCGGAGGCGAAGAUUGUGGUAGCCAUGGUUGGACUACCUGCUCGGGGAAAAUCAUAUUUGAGUAACAAGCUGAUGAGGUAUUUGAGAUGGUUAGAAUAUAACGUCGACGUUUUCAACGUUGGUCAGCUGAGACGAUCAAAAGCUAGGUCAGCAUUACAAGCGGGCAAAGGGAAAGUGGAUCAUUCAGCCACAUAUUUCUCACACUCCAAUGCGGAAGCCAGUAAGAUUCGAGAGCAAUUAGCGAACGAAACACUGGAAUCGCUUAUAUCGUGGUUGAAGAAGGAGGGUAAUGUUGGGAUCAUGGAUGCUACGAAUAGUACCAUUGAGAGGAGAGAAUGGAUCCGUCAUCGAGUAGCACAAGAACCUAACCUCCAGUUAAUGUUCCUCGAAUCAUUCUGCGACGACCCCGUAGUUAUCGCUGCGAACGUUGCUCUCAAAGCAUCUUCCGGUGAUCCAGAUUACGCUGGGAUGUCCCGAGAAGACGCCGUAAGGGAUUUCAGGAAGAGAAUCGAACAAUACGAAAGUGUAUAUCAAACUAUCACCGAACCUGAUAUCUCCUAUUGUAGGAUAUUGAAUGUUGGUCAAAGGGUUACGAUCAAUAGGAUACAGAGUUAUCUGCAAUCUAGAGUCGCUUUCUAUCUAAUGAAUCUGCAUUUGAAACCUAGAAGUAUCUAUUUAUCGAGGCACGGAGAAUCAAUGUAUAACGUCGAAGGUAAAAUCGGUGGUGAUUCCGACUUGUCUCCCAGAGGAUGGGAAUACGCACGUGCUUUGCCUGCUUUGGUAAGGGAUAAUAUAGGUGAUGGACCACUGGAAGUCUGGACAUCGACUUUACAGCGUACGCAACAGACCGGUAGUUUCCUACCUUUCGAGAAGAAGACUUGGAAAUCACUAGAUGAGCUGGAUGCGGGUGUCUGUGAUGGUAUGACAUAUGAGGAGAUUGAGGAAAAAUAUCCUGAAGAUUACGAAUCCCGGGACGAAGACAAGUUCAACUAUCGAUACAGAGGUGGUGAAUCGUAUCGAGAUGUGGUAGUUAGACUAGAACCUGUUAUUAUGGAAUUGGAAAGACAAGAGAACAUCUUGAUCAUUGCUCAUCAAGCGAUAUUGAGAUGUCUGUAUGCUUAUUUCCAUGGCAAGACUCAAGAGGAAUUACCAUAUAUCAAGAUACCUUUACAUACCCUAAUCAAAAUCUCACCUCGUGCGUAUGGAUGUCACGAAGAACGAUAUCCUCUCCCCAUCGCAGCAGUCGAUACACACCGACCCAAACCUAAAGGUAAAAAAGGUAAUACACCUUCUGCGAUUACACCUGCCGCGGCUGAGAACGAUAAGAAGGAACAACCUGUUCAAGAUGGAAAGGACGAGCAAGACUUCAAUGCCGAUUCGAACGCGGCGCGGGAUUACUUUGGGGACAAGGCGGGUAAAGGGAUAGGUGUGAAACCUGAGAGUGUAUCGAGGAUAUUGGAGCAAAAGGUGAAAGAGGGGAAUAUAAAACCUACUGCGAUGAGUGGCUGA